CCUGAUGCUCAUCCAUCUGAAGAUCUACUUUUUGCAGAGAGCUAUCUGGGUGCCUACUACAGUCAAAGACCAAUUUGGAAAAGGAGCUCAGACUCUCUUCCCUAUCAGCUCAGCCAGAUGCAAUCAUUUUUUGGCCUGGAUGCCAAUGGGCAGCUGGACACAGAGACCCUUGAACUGAUGAAACAACCACGGUGUGGCGUCCCUGAUGUGGCAGGUUACAACUUUUUCCCCAGGAAAAUUAAAUGGCCGACACGGAAAUUGACAUACAGAAUUGUGAACUAUACUCUGGAUCUGAGCCAUGAAGAAACGGACCAAGCCAUUCAAGAAGCGUUCCAAGUAUGGAGUGAUGUCACCCCACUUUGUUUCACCAGAAUCUCCAGUGGCUCAGCUGACAUUGUGAUCUCUUUUGGAAAGAAAGACCACGGGGACUUCUUUCCUUUUGAUGGGCCAUUGGGCCAGCUGGCUCACGCUUUCCCUCCUGGUGACAAUAUUGGUGGAGAUGUCCACUUUGAUGAUGACGAAACCUGGACCAGUGAUUCCAGAGCUUUUAAUUUGUUUGCAGUUGCAGCCCAUGAAUUCGGCCACGCUUUGGGACUAGAACACUCGAGCAAUCCCAGAGCCCUGAUGUACCCCCUUUACACCUACAGAGGCUUGAAGGACUUUGUCCUUCCUGAAGAUGAUGUUGAAGGCAUCCAAGCUCUUUAUGGUCCACGAACAAGAACAGUCAGUUCUGAAACUCCAAAUAGAUGUGACCCCAAUUUUUCUGCAGAUGCUAUUGCAGAAAUACAUGGGCACAAAAUCAUAUUCAAGGACAGGUUCGUGUGGCAUCACAAUCCUAAGUCUCAAAAAGGUUGGGUUGUCAUUGAUUCCCUUUGGCCAGGACUUCCAAACCAAAUCGAUGCUGCUUACAGCCUUCCAGACAAGGAACUAGUCUUCCUAUUUCGAGGGAAUAAAUUUUGGGCUGUGAAAGGCUACAAUACUCUUCGUGGCUAUCCCCAGAAACUUUAUGAUCUCGGAUUCCCAAAUAAUGUUCAAAAGAUAGAUGCUGCUUUUCAUGAUGUAAAGAGUGGAAAGACAAAGUUUUUCACCGGAGAUGAGAUGUGGAGUUACGAUGAGAGAUUGCAGUCUAUGGACCAUGGCUAUCCUAAACUAGCAAAGGAGGAAUUUCCUGGAAUUGUGGACAAGAUUGAUGCAGCAUAUCAACAGAAUGGUUCCAUUUUUGUCUUCCGUGGAUCAGUGCAAUUUGAAUACAGCAUCUGCCAUAAAGAAAUCAUCUGUACUUUGCAAGCAAACUAUGUGUUAGGCUGUUAA